UAUGACGCUUGUUAUGUAUAAAAGGCGCUCCGGGCGCGCUCAGGCAACCAAAGCGCAGACAGCAUCAGGAGGAGUAGACGUGACACACUGACUGGAACAAUUUGUUUUGUCAAGAUGCAGAUCUUUGUGAAGACCCUGACUGGUAAGACCAUCACUUUGGAGGUCGAGCCCAGUGACACCAUUGAGAAUGUCAAAGCUAAGAUCCAGGAUAAGGAAGGCAUCCCUCCUGACCAGCAGAGGCUGAUUUUUGCUGGCAAGCAGCUGGAAGACGGCCGCACCCUGUCAGAUUACAACAUCCAGAAGGAGUCCACCCUCCAUCUUGUGCUCCGCCUGAGAGGAGGUAUGCAGAUCUUUGUGAAAACCCUGACCGGCAAGACCAUCACCCUGGAGGUCGAGCCCAGUGACACCAUUGAAAAUGUUAAGGCCAAAAUCCAGGACAAAGAGGGCAUCCCUCCAGACCAGCAGCGUCUCAUCUUCGCCGGCAAGCAGCUGGAAGACGGCCGCACUCUCUCCGACUACAACAUCCAGAAAGAGUCCACCCUCCAUCUGGUCUUGCGUCUGAGAGGAGGUAUGCAGAUCUUUGUGAAGACCCUCACAGGCAAGACCAUCACUCUGGAGGUCGAGCCCAGCGACACCAUUGAGAAUGUCAAAGCUAAGAUCCAGGAUAAGGAAGGCAUCCCUCCUGACCAGCAGAGGCUGAUCUUCGCUGGCAAGCAGCUGGAAGAUGGCCGCACCCUGUCCGACUACAAUAUCCAAAAAGAGUCCACCCUCCAUCUUGUCCUCCGUCUGAGAGGAGGAAACUAAGCUGCUCCCCGGUGGCAAAAGAUGGCCCCAGUAUACAGACCAAUUAUUCCAGUGUUAGAGUGCACUCCUGAUCCAGUGGUCAUUCCUUUUUUAUUUUUAAAAGAGAAGUUUAAAUAAAACUUCUGCACUGCUUUUAAUAGUUUAACAUUUUGCUGACAUUAGCCAACAGUUUUGAGUUUUGCACAAUAUGAUAAAAUAGGAUGCAUGUUUGAAAUUGAAAUGCUCCUGUCUUUGGCAAGAGUUCGCUAAUUGGUAACUAGUUAUUUGCUCUGCCCUAAACUGCUGUUUUGUUGUGGGUUUUUUUAAGAGGAGCAUACAUGGAAAUCCUGCUGUUAGGUGUUGAUCAUUACUAAUAAAUGACUUCACGCUGUCA